GGCAAAACCUUAUUUGCCGUUCUCCUUGCUGCAGUAUAUUAUCAAAACUCUGCAUCUAGGGAACUGAUGCUGAACCGCAUCAAGGGAACAAGAUUGAUUCAAAUGUUAUCCUGUUGAAUACGUCCAUAUUCUCAAUAUAUCGGCAAUCAAGGUGGAACUUUUAGAGAAAGUAGGUGAAUCAAGUGUCUGGUGCGCAAAACUUUUUUUUUCUGACGGGGCAAAUUGACCUGAUCCCGCUGCAACCAGCUCGCCGAGGAGAGAAGAGCGCUCGCCUUUCUCCCAGCCCAGUGGAUUGUAGCAAAUUCUAUUGUGAUGCUAAAACGAAGUCGUAAGAGGGAGAGGGCUGACCAACGAUCAGAAGUGAAGCUAUCCACGGGAUUUCUGCAAAAUCCAUUUGAAGUUAACAUGUUUUUUUCGUUUGUUCCAUCCAUUUAAUGUUAUGUUUGUGGAGCGUUUCAUUUUCACCACUUGUUGUUGACUGUUGGAACGAAGUAAAAUUGUUUCAACAGACAGACUGCGGCGAGAGAGAGAAGGCAAACCAUGUUUCAUUCGCUGACUAAGAUUCAGUAGUGUUAGGAAAUGAUUUAGCCUGUCUGAUUGGAGUGGACAUGCCCCUCUCGUUAUGCGCUGCAGAAGACUUUAAUAAGAAAAGGAAAAUAUAACAAAUCAUUCAUUCAAUCUUUUCGAAAUCAUUUUCCCUCUGCUGUGGGUCUGGUGGACUGAAUAGGACCCGAGCCACCAGGACCAGGCUUCCUCGGCAGUGCUAGUGAUUAUGGAUAGCAGUCUCUCCAGCUACAGUACAGUCAUACACCGAGGAAAGACGCUGUUUCUGGAGGCUCGACUCCUGGGUGGGGCGCCCUGGGGGUUUCAGCUCAAAGGAGGUCUUGAACAUGGAGAAGAGUUGAUCGUCUCGAAGGUUGAGGGAGGUGGGAAGGCGGACCUGUUGGAACACCCCCUGUUGCCAGGUGACCAGGUGGUUGUCAUUAACGACGUGGAGCUCAGUGGAUUCAGGCAGGAAGCCAUCUCAUUGGUCAAAGGAUCCUACAAGACUCUUCGACUCACUGUUCGCAGGGAGUCCUUCCCAGGCCCCUGCUGUGAUGAACCCACCCUCUGACACUACCUUCCAUCGCCCCUCCCUUGGACCACCUCGCUCCCCC